AUGGACGAUCCUUGGGGCUCGCCUUGGGCAUCAUCCGAUGCAACAACCACAUCAAAACAUGACACUCUACCGCCGUCGCCUCCGAAGUCCCUCCUAAGUCCGCCGCCGCGGGCCUUCUUUGGCAACAUAGCGAACCUGCCGAGCCAUUCACCAUGGGCUGACGACGAUGCAUUUGGGGACUGGGCUGGUGCGGAACGAACGGAGAAUACCAGCAGCCAGGGCGACUGGGGAGCACGGGCAGAUGCCGGAGCGCAGAUGCCACAGUUAAGCCCGAAGCCGGAUAGUUCGGGAAAGGCGAGUCCCUUGGCAUGGCCCAGCAGUGCCGCGACAUCUCCUGGGCUGAGGCCUCUCCCGCGAUCGAGAGCUUCCUCCGUAUUUCGACACCAUUCCUUGGACCCGUGGGCGACAGAGCCAUCAUUAACCGAAGGACCAAACCUCCCACCACCGACCUCCCCGAAUGCGCAAGUGAACGCGACGGCGAACACCACGACUGGACCGGACGAGGAAGACGCUAUCUCAAUAUCGAUCAGGGGCCCAGGCGAGGGGACGACGACAGUGAUAGAUGGACCUGCAUUCUUGGACCAACAGGCCGAAACAUCAAAGGUCGACGGAAAGGAUGAACAAGGUGCCUCGGAAUAUUACAAAGAUGAUGGAGUACUGAGACCCGAGCUGGACUCCCACGAUCCCCAGUCAAGACCCUCUUCCGCAUUCUCUGACGAUAGCCGCAACGUCCCAGAUAGACCAGACUCGCCAAUCACCUCCAUCGACGAGGACCCAAAGUCCCGACGGCAGCCUAUCUCGCGAAAGACUUCUGGGAAGGUACAAGAGCUAGUCGGCAUGUUUGACGGUCUGGCAAAGGCCAUCCCGGAGGAAACACCUCCACCCGAGCGACACGAAUCGUUACAAGUCAAGCGCCGUGAGCGGUUGCCAGGCCGUACCGAAUCUAGAGAAGACGCCGAAUCAGGUUUUGGGGAUUUCGAAGAUGCAAGCUUUGACAACAGAAAGGUUGCGCCUGAUUCUGCAGUCAGUUUGGGUCGGUCGUCGACACCCAAAGCCCGAUGUGAGGAUGGUGUUAGCCCAGACAGGGAGUCAGAGUCCAACGAACCUCAAGCGCCAAUCUCCAGGUCUGUUUUGGUUCGUGUGCAAGAGCUUAUCGAGAAGUUUGGCCCCGUGUCGUACGAUGUCGAUUUGCAGGACAUUGACAAGUUAUACCCGGACCUUGACGAGGUGGUGAGGAGCGAUGCGAGCGAUGCCGGUGAAGCCAGCCAAGUUCCAGACCAGUUGAUUAGAGACAGCUUUACCACCAUAUCGGAACGAAAGACGUGGUAUCGCAUUUCUCGUUACGGCCCGAUGCGCAAGCAUGAUUCAGGUGACGAGGAUAACUACCAGAGGGUCAUUUGGUCCAGCUCUCAGCUGCAUACCGACACGAUCAAGAUCGUCAGACGCUGGAUGGAGGAGGACUCGUUCUCCUCGGGACGGCCCUCAUUGGGCGGCAGCAAGCGUACCAGUGCCUUUAACUGGGACUCCGACGCGACGGCUGCCCCUAUAGAUCUUGACAAAGUAUUUGCGCGCAGGCCGUCUGCCAUUGCGCAUGCGCGGACCGUAUCUAUUCCGCCGCCGAAACAGAAUCCAAUUCAGACUGCACCGUCUUUGGGCAGUCGGCCUGCAAGGGAUUCGACUGGAGGCUCCGUCGGCCAACCCGGAACUACGUUCGGGACAGUGACCCUGGUUGCAAACUUUGGUUGGAGCUCAGAUGUACUUGAUUCGCCUACCACAGCUCCUCCGGCUUCUAUUGGGACCCAAGCACAGAAUGCACCGAGGCGUCCGUCGCCUAUUGUGCCGCCACCAGCUGCAGUCACUCUACCAGUCCCUGGCGAAGUUCAUGCGGGAUCCGAAGAUGACGAAGAGGAUGACUGGGGUGAGAUGGUAUCCUCUCCGAAAGUUGAGAUACAUCCAGCUAUUCCCGCUGCGGCAAUUCGUCAAGAGUCAAGCUCGACACUCACAACUCAAGUCAAUUCUCCAGCGCCAACGCUAUCUGUUGCUAUUCCGCAGCCCAGCCAGCCCUCAGAAGAGGUGUCGAAGGAGCCUCCCUCACCUGAAAGGAAAUCCGCGCAUGGUAACCCGUGGCCUCUUGCGGACUUAUCCAUAUUCGAAAAAUCGGCCGGGACCCCGAAGUCGUCGAGGCAAGAACUGGGGCCAGUGGCGGACUUUUCAAUAUUUGAAUCCCCAACGUCAUUCUCGAAGUCGAGUUUGGUAAACUCAACAAAGCCUAACUCAGUUUUCGAGUCAAGAGAUGGUGGUGACGGAUCAGCAGUCGAGCAGAAGGAGACUGAUUCUCCAGACACACAGGUGCCAGCGAAACCUAUAGCAGCUAUCCUCGGACCGAUCGAGAAAUCAACCGUGUCGAGCGACCAAGAAAGCAUUGCACGGAAUAUUGUACAAAACCUACCAGACCUGUCGUACAUGUUGCGGUAG